GUUCUUGUUUUAAUUUAAUUCUCUCUCUUUAAUUGUGAUUAAUUGUCCGAUUUGAUUAUUCGCUUAUAUUAAGCAAUCGUUGAUCAAAUUAAUUCUAUUCUCUGGAUUGGAAUAAGUGUCAAUCUCUUUAAUUGUUGUGUUUUCUUUUCUUCCCUUAGGCCUAAGUAUCAAUUUCCUUGUUGCAAAUGAGAUUUUAAACUAUUGAAUUGAUUAAUUGUCGAUUAAUUUUCCUGUCUUAUCAAUAGAAUUGGUUAAUUAUUCUCUGGUCUCUAACCAUUACCCAAACUAAUCGAUUGAUUUGGUUACCAUAAAAUGAAUAAAAGAGAAUAAAAAAAAUUCUCUCAACUUGUCUUCUCUCUAAUGGCUACAUAAUCAUACAGAAAACCAGUGAUUCUUUUCGAGGACAUCAGGUAGAAUAUAACAUUUUCCCCUUAAUCAUUGGCUGUCCUCUUUUCUAUCACCAUCACAAUUUCCAACCAUCAAUUAUGAUUAACCAUCUACACCAACCAUGGAAAAAGCAACAUGAUGAUGACUUUCACUAAAUCAAACCUCACCUUAACUCUCAGUUUAAUUUCCUUCAGAAUCUCAUUCAAUUAACAUCUCCAUCUCUCCUGUAAAUAUAACAAUAAUCUAAUUGUUCCAACUAAUCAGACAAUCAACAAUCUGUCACUAAUACAAAUCCAUUCAAUGUCAACCCUUUUACAAAGUUUCACCAAUGGACGUUUCUUUACAAUCACAACCAUAACCACUGGAACAAUUAACACCAACUCAAUCAAGACAAUUAAUUGUGAUAGAAACUAUUUUAUCCGUCGAUCAUUAAAAGGUAAAACAAGGACUGAGAGUGAUAUCGAAAAGUAUCGGGAAGAAAGUGAAUGGCGAAAAAUUCUUGAAUUGGCUCAAUCAAUUGGAUCAGAUGGAGGUCGAAAUGGUUUAAUUGAAUUUCUUUUAGGUGAAGCUAAAUUAGAGCUUUACCUUGAAGGUGGUGAUCUUAUUAGAGGUCAAAAUUUACUAAAAGAAUCUCGAGCUCACCUAAAAUCUUGCCUUAAUGCCUCAAAUUGUUCAGCUCUUCAAGUUGAUGCUAACCUAUUAUUGGCUAAAUUACAUUUUAUGUCCGGUGAACAGCCAUUAGCUUUAAAAGUAAUCGAAGCAUCCGGAAUUAGCUCAAUAAUCGGCGGUGAGAAACCUUUACCCCAUCGAAUAAUGAAAUUGGUGGCUGAAUCUUUCGCCAUCAAAGGGAUGUGUUUAGAAAAAGAAAAGAGUAUUGAUAAAGGUUUAGAGAAAGCGAUUACCUGUUUAACCAAAGCUUCUGAUCUAACGUUGCGAUAUUUGCAAAAUAUGGAGAAACACCUUGGACCCUAUGCGAUUGUAUCGGUUGGACCAAUUCUGGAAACUGGUAUUCAACGAGCACCAAUAUUGUUUAUUCAAAAUGAUCAAAUAACCAAAGCAUUUAAUCAAUAUCGAAGUAUAAUGAACGUUUGUGAAACCCAAUCAACUUUAAAUACUCGACAAGUUGUCUCCCGUAAAUUAGCUGAAUUAAUUAUUCGUAGUGUAUCCCGAUCAUGUUGGACUCCAUUUGAUACAAGUAUCACAACCCUUAGUGGACACUGGAAACCUCAUAGAUAUUUUGGUCAAUCUUUAUUUAAUCCAAGAGAACGUGAAGAAGAGGUUAUCCUUUUAUUAUUGAUCAGUGAAAUGCUGGCGGCGAGAAAUGUUGUUCUUGACCGUGGUAGUGAAUUUAAUGAGACCCGACGACAAUCAUUAGAAAAUGUAAUCGCCAUCCAUGAUCUCCUGGUGAUCGCCUUAACUCCCUGUAAAUAUUAUAUACUUGAUAUGUUUGAAAAAGCGAUGAAAUUUUCCUUUGAGAUAAAACAUAUUUGGCUUCAAUUUGGUCUGAGUGUCAUGGAGACGAGAAAAUUUCCCCUUCGAGCGAUAUUGAUUUUCAAAGAAGUGGCUCGAAUUGACUCAAAAGAUCCAGUACCCUGUAUAUUAGCUGCCAAAGUAUAUAUUUUGGAAUUAAAUAAUCCCGAGAAGGCAUUGGAAUUUGCCUUGGAAGCCUUAAACCGAGACACCGAGGGUAUUCUUGCCUCUCGAAUUAAUUUAACCCUUGGAAUUGUUAAUGCAAUACUUUACGAGGAAGAAACUGAAACAGUUAAAAAGUUAAAAAAGUUACAUCUUCAUGAAUCGAUAAAAUAUUUUCAAGCUUUGGCCAAAGGUCCAGUUGAAGAUCACCUUGCCUAUUACCAUUUGGGUCUUCAUAUGGCCCAUCAAAGGGUCAUCAAUGAUUCAAUGCAUCAUGCUCAGUUAGCUUUAGUAUUAAAUCCAUACCAUCUUCCAAGUAUACAAUUAAUGAUACUUUGUUUAUCUGCAUUGAAAAAAUAUCAAGAAGCCCUUUCAUUAUGUGAAGCAUCAUUGGAAGAGUAUCCAGAUCAAUUAGUUUUACUCUAUGUAAAGGCUCAUUUGGAGCAAGUUGUUUCCGAUAAUGGUUAUGAAUUAGCCUUACAAACUGCCAAACAUAUGCUAAGAUGUUGUAAAAAUUUACCCAACGAGGAUAAGGAUAAGGUGCUUUAUAGCGGCAAUAAUGUGACACUUACCGGUACUAAUUACGAUACUCUUUCAUUGAAAAUGGAGCAAACUCUCAGUGAAAUUGUAUCGUUGGACAGUUGCCCAAUUCUUGGUGAAGGUGCAAUAACAAUUGGCCCUGGACUUGAAGAUGGUUCAUUAGGACAGAAGCAACUUUGGAAUCUUCAAUUACAUUUAUGGAUUUUAAUUGCUGAACUGUACAUUAAAUUAGGAUUGAUUUCGGAGGCUGAAGCUUGUGUAGCCGAAGUUGCCAAUGUUGUUUUCGGUCCAUUGUCUCAUCAAUUAAUGUAUGUUAAGGGAAUCCUUGCAAAAGCCCGUCAAAGAUACGCUGAGGCCAAAAGUUACUUUCAAAAUGCCAUUUCCAUUAAUCCUCGACAUGCCAGAGCCUUACAACAACUUGGACAUUCGUAUUAUCUACUUGGUAAUCAUCUUUCCGCCGACAAGUAUCUUCGAGAUUCCCUUAAUGUGGAUGCCACUCUUCACGAAACUUGGUCUCAUAUGGGCUGCGUAUUAAAUGAACUUGGUGAACACAAACGAGCAGCUGAUUGUUUGGUAACUGCAAUACAACUCGAAGCAACUGCGCCAAUUUUACCUUUCAAUUUAUCGCCGAGAAACGUUUUCGAGUGAAAUUGCAAAAUUUUCUAGUCUUUUGAUUUGUUGAUUUGGUUUUUAUUAUUAUUACAAAACCAAGAGCAAACACCACGGGGAGAAUUAACUUUAAAUUGUAUAUCAUAUAUUUACUAUUAUUAUUUUUGAUUAUUAUUUAAGUUUAACGUGUUUUGUUUUUGGAUUGUGUGUUAACAAUUAACGAAAGUGUUUAUACCAAUCAGAAAUGAAAAAGGUAUCAAAUCUCUUCAUCACAAGCAGAAAAUCAACAUUCGAGUGCAAAAUUUAACAAAAUUUGGAUUAAUGAUGAUUAAUGAUUGAUUUCUGGUUGUGGUGGAAGAUGAUUUGGAGUUAAUUAACGACAAAUUUUGAUCGAGAUUAACAGACUUACGUUUCCAUUGGAGGAAACAAUUACGAGAUAUCAAAAGUCAAAACUAAACUCAAUUGUCAACAUCUUUUAAAAGAAUCUCAAUCCAAAUUGAUUGUUAUAAUUGAUUAGGAUUCACACUCAAAGUUUCCAUUGCUCGAUUUGAUUCAACAAUUUAAGAAAAGUUGAACUGAACCAUCGAAAGUGCAUUUUCGUACAAACCGAUAAUCGAGAAAACCAAAAUUCCAGUUAUACUUGACGUUUUCCUUUUCCAUGGAGCUGAACAUGAUUCGUAUUCUCAUGUCGAUCACUUGUUUCUCAUCAUCACCAUCUCUCUCUCUCUCUUUCUCUUUCUCUCUCUCAUUGUUUCUAUCAUCUUCAUCCAUCUCAAGAAGACAAGAAAAACUGUCAACACUUUCAUCUUCUUCCUUUCUUUAAUCUCUAUGCCAUUUUCUCCCCGUUUAAUUAUAUUUGUCAAAGAAUAAGAUGUUUUUAUUUUGUUGAGCUAAACAAUUAACUAUAAUUAUCAUGUUUAAUAUGAUUAAUUGUUUUAUUUAUGUUAACUAUCUAUGUCAUUUAUUGCCAAAUUUACCGAGAGAAAUCAAAAGAAAAUUAUUCAAUCUUAAUUAUAAACAAUUUAGAUGAAUAAAUUUUAGAUGGGUUUUCAUGACUACAA